AUGAUUAUCUAUAAUAAUGAUCAAUGUGACUUUCCCCUGCAUGUUUGUAGUUGGGUACGCUGGGUAUUAGCAUGUACAUAUCAGGGACAAUGGCUAAGAGGCACCCGACAUGGCUACGGUGUGAGGCAGAGUGUACCCUAUGGCCUAGCCUCACACUACCGUCCCAAGGCCUUACGAGCUUCCUUAACGUCUUUGAGAAGCGAAAAUGAGGAUGAGCAAGUUGUAAAAAAUCGGGAUCGGAAACUCGAUGAAAGCCGUGGCGGAUUCGUUCUGAAAGCUCGAAGUGAUGAGACUCCCACUCAGCCCCGACGUUCCAUUUUUGACAAACAAGGGAAGUACAGCUUACGCAAGACACUCAUGUCUGGCCUGAAGCUAAAAAAACAGAAAAGCACAGGAGACAUAAACGAUUCGCCGAAACGUCAAAGUGGAUCCGUUCGCAGCACCAUCAGCAACAUUAGCCAUGUAAGCGCCGAUUCCACUCAGUCCGGAAUGACCAACACGUCAGUGUACACAGAUAGCAAUUUAAGUUUUGUUAGUCAAGAUGAUAUAACAGACAUCAAUGUUACGGAGAGUUAUAUGGGAGAGUGGAAAAAUGAUAAAAGAUCCGGUUUUGGUAUAAGUGAGCGAUCAGACGGCCUCAAGUACGAAGGAGAGUGGUACAAUAACAAGAAAUAUGGAUACGGUGUGACGACAUUUAAAGAUGGCACGAGAGAAGAAGGGAAAUAUAAAAAUAAUAUUUUGAUAUCUUCUGGAAAGAAAAAUAAACUUUUUUUGAUACGGACCUCUAAACUUCGUGAACGAGUUGAUAAUGCUGUCGUAUCUGCACAAAGAGCAGCCCAAAUAGCAUUACAAAAAGCUGAUAUAGCAAUUACAAGAAUGGCAAAUGCUCGAUCAAAGUCCGAACAAGCUGACCAAGCAGCUACACUGGCUGCCCAGGAUUCAGAGAUUGCUCGUCUGAAAGCAAAAGAAUAUGCUCCGGAUUUCAUUCAACCUGGGACAGAUAUUAUGAAGAAGAAACUACAAGAGAAUCCCGAUGAAAAUGAAUUUAGUCAUAUCAAGGUUCUUCCAAAUAAUCAUAAUGCACAUCAAAGGACACAGUCCAUGUUGGGUCGGCAAUCUCAAGAUGAGAUGGAUUCGGCCCUAAUAGGCUUGACUUCUUCAAUGGACUCCACUCUCCCUGGUGGCUACAACCCUGGUAUGCCAGAUGGAAUGAACUUUCAUAAUGAUGCAUACUCACAGAGCCAGUUAACUGCAACCCAUCACAUAGAAAACACUGCGGUACCAGCUUCACAUCCCUCUCGUAGCCCCUCUUUAAAGAUUCGUAGGUAUAGUUUCUUGGCUGGAUCAAGAAGGGGUCGAGGAUUUAGUGAACUCUUCAACUCCACCAUCUUGAACGAUCACUUUGACCAGUAUAGUACAGCUGUGAGGGAUGAUAGUGGUUUUGGUAACCUGCUGGGCGCAGGGGAUCCAAAUCCUUCACAGCAGCGGAAUAGUGCUCCUGCCAGUGAUACCUCCCCCGAUUCAGGUGUAUCUGAAACAAUGGAGGAGGAUAGCAAACACCGUCCAUUGCAGAGGCGACGCACACUGCCCUGCAUCAUCAAACGAGAGGAAGAGGCGGAAGCUGCAAAACAGCGCUUAGCUGAAAAUCAGGCGGCAGUUAGCAGUGAGAAUUUGGCGGCAAAGAACACAGAAACGUUUGUUAUUGAAAAUGGCAUCCGCAAGAGAAUCAAGGCUCAAACACCUAAAGUGAGCAACCCGGAAAAAGAGGUGCCAUUGAAGUCAUACACACUGGAAAGUCAGAAGAACUUGAGCAAGGCUCGUAAUCCUGGGAGUCUUCCCGAUAUUAAUCUUAUCGGGACUCAUCCUUGGAUGAAGCCAAUGCCCCGGGAAGAAGCAUACAGGUUGUCAUCACAAAGAAGGGAAGAAGUUCGUCAGUUGAGGGAUAUUGAAGAGCGACGCAAACAAGGCGAUAUGUCUGUCAUUUUGGGUGAUGUCAAGGAUUGGUGUCAACAGAGACAACUCUUGGUUCUUUUGAUCGCGUUGAAUACUGAAUCCCUUCCCCAUUCCCUUGACCACGACGGUGAUGCUGAUGACGGCAAGGAAGCCUACAACAUACUCCUGGCUCAAGAGUCGAGCUGGGCUAUGCAGUGUUUUUGUUGGGCCAUUGUUUCACCGGCAAACCUAGAUUAUCUCCCUUUGAUGUCCCUAAGUGUAUAA